AGUCGCAUUUUGUGUAAACUUUGGAAAGUUAUUUUACUUUAAAUUGCUUAUCAUGACGACAUACUACUUUGUGAUCGUUGGGCACAACGACAAUCCCAUAUUUGAGAAGGAGUUUACUACCUUAAACAAGGAGAUGCGCAAGGAGGACCAUAGGCACCUGAGCCAGUUUAUAGCGCAUGCUGCCCUGGAUCUAGUGGACGAGCACAAAUGGAAAACAGCCAGCAUGCAGCUAAAGUCCAUCGAUCGCUUCAAUCAGUGGUUUGUCUCUGCUUUCAUCACCGCCAGCCAAAUUCGUUUCAUCAUUGUACACGACAACAAAAACGAUGAAGGUAUCAAGAGUUUCUUCAAUGAAAUGUACGAUACGUACAUUAAGCAUUCCAUGAACGCAUUCUAUAAGAUAAACACGCCCAUCAAGUCCACUAUGUUCGAAAAGAAAGCAGAAAUAUUUGGACGCAAAUAUCUGCUUACCUAGAUAUUAGUUUGUAGCUAUUAAAGUACAAGUAGUAAAAAGUA